AUGAUCAAGGCUUUCCUCAAGAGACCAUCGUCCACCUGCUUUAAGUUUGACCUUAAAGCCUUGAUCAUAUUAACAUGGGGGGAAAGACAAAAGCCUGUAAUGAGUUGGCUGUUAAAGUCUGGAAAAUGGGCUAUUGAUAGGGAUAUAUGGUUAUCCGCAGCCCACAUUCCAGGUCGUGAAAAUGUUGAGGCUGAUACAGAAAGUAGACUUGAACAUGAAAACACAGAAUGGAGGUUACAUACAAGUAUUUUUCAAAUCUUGAAUCCUCAGUCAUCCACAACGAGGAACCAGGGACAGGAACAACCUUCCAAAGAUGACAUUAAUGGCUUGUCGGGUGUCAGGAGAUCCCUCCGAAUGUUGUCAAUUCCGCCAGACGUUGAACAGAUCAACUUGUCAUCAUGGCGACCAUCAACAGUCAAACAGUAUUCAACAUUCUUUAAAAAAUGGACAACAUUUGCGAGUUCGGAACACAUUUGUGCCGUGUCACCUGAUAUCAGAGACAUUUUGAGCUUUUUAAUAUCACUUUACCACAAAGGACUUGGUUAUAGUGCCAUUAACAGCGCUAGGUCAAUGUUGUCCACAUUUGUUGUUAUUAAUGGCCAAGGAUGUGGCACUCAUCCCUUGAUCAAGAGAUUUAUGAAAGGAGUUUUCAAUUUACGACCGGCUUUGCCCAGGAACAAUGUUUCAUGGGACCCUGAGCAAGUGUUAACAUUCUUAAAGACUAUGGACUGUGGGACAUUAAAAUCUUUAACACUGAAGCUGGUUACUAUGUUGGCACUAUUAACAGGCCAACGACUACAAUCCCUUCACUUGUUGGAUAUAAAGAACAUUUCUCUAACAGAUUCUAGUCUGAAACUUAGAUUUGGAGAUGCACUAAAACAGACUCGUCCAGGUUUCCAUCAAAGGGAGAUAACCCUUCAGCAGUUUGAGGACAAACAGCUUUGUGUUGUGUCAAUAUUUCUGUCCAAAAUGAAGAAGUUUGAAGAAGUUUUGAGCAUCAUUGGAGAAUUUGGACCUUAUCAGAAACGUAUCUUUUUCCUGAUAUGUAUCCCGUUUAUUUUUUCGGCAUUCCAUAUGGUGAUCAGCGUGUUUUUGCUUGGAAUCCCCGAUCACAGAUGUGCUAUACCUGGAUACCCUAAUGAUACAUACGCUAUCCAGAGUCCUUCUCAUCAAGCUCUGAUCAAUCGACACGUGCCUCCGUCAACGGAUGAAACUCUCGAUUAUGUCAAGUGUGACCUGUAUGACCGAUCAUACGAUGGUGACGAUAAUUCUACCAACAUGAGGACUUGUUCAGCUUGGGUCUACGACGAGAGCAUAUACAUCAACACGUUCACAUCACAGCAAAACAUCGUCUGUGAGGACAAGCUAAGAACGUCCCAUGCUCAGAUGAUUUUCUUCGGUGGUGUGUUUUUAGGUGCGAUCAUCUUGGGAUCAGUGUCUGACAUAAUUGGACGGAAGAAAACGCUGUGCCUCUCCUUUCUGAUGCUAUUUGGGACGACCUUAGGUUUAGCAUGGGCUCCUGACUACAUCACAUUCUGUAUACUGCGGUUUUUAGUAGGAGCGUCUUGUGCGGGGAUGUUUAUGACUGCCUUUGUCAUUGGUAUGGAGCUGGUCGGUCCUUCCAAACGUGUUUAUGCUGGUAUCAUUGUCGACUUUUUCUUCGCCAUUGGAAUGGUUGUCUUGGGAGGGAUAGGCUAUGCCUUCAGAGAGUGGAAGUACAUCGAGAUUACAUGUUCCGCACCCAUCGCCUUGUUCCUAUUCUACUGGUGGCUUGUUCCUGAGUCGCCAAGAUGGCUAAUCAGCCAAGGUAGAAUUGAUGAGGCCAAUAAGAUCAUCCAGAAGGCGGCUAAAGUCAACAAGGUGACAAUUCCAGAAAAGAUCCUGACAGCCGACUCCAUUGACGAACCGGAAGCUGGUCGUCUCUGGCAUCUGUUUACAUCACGUGUCCUCCUCAUCAGGACAAUGAUCAUAUUCUUCAAUUGGUUGGUGGUCGUUAUGGGCUACUACGGACUCUCUUUGAACACUGGGAAUCUUGGGGGCGAUUUCUACGCCAACUUCAUGAUAUCUGGAUUGGUCGAGUUUCCCGCCUAUUUCCUUUGCCUCGUACUGCUUGACAGGGUGGGCAGACGACUUUUGCAUGCUUCCUGCAUGAUCCUUGGUGGCAUAGCUUGUAUCAUUACCCUCUUCCCCAUGUUGUACGCUGACGAAAGUCUUCAGCCAAUCACUAUAACUCUGGCAAUGUUGGGCAAAGUUGGAAUUUCGGCUGCCUUUGCUAUAAUUUAUGUGUGGUCAGCAGAGUUGUUCCCGACUGUGGUCAGGAAUGCCGGAAUGGGCGCUAGCUCCUCGUGCGCUCGUAUAGGGGGCAUGAUUGCACCAUACAUUGCCGACCUGAGCAAGGUUAUCGACGGUAAUCUCGGUCGUGCGAUACCUCUUGUCAUUUUCGGCGGAGCAUCUGUUGUGGCCGGGAUUCUGUCUCUUUGGUUACCGGAAACUAAAGACAGAGAACUUCCAGAGACUAUGGAGGAUGGAAAACUAUUCGGGAAAAAGAAAUCGUCAGAGAAGUACAAACCAACGCUCGGUUUUGACAACAAGACAUUUGAAUCUGAGGCGGGCAUUGCCAAUGGUAAAAAUGGAGUGUACACCAUCACAAAGCUCUGA